UGGAGGGGCAGGGGCCCUGGGUGAGGAAAAGAACAACCCUGGAGUGUUAGGAGGAGAGCGAAGGCGGAGGGGUGAGGACAGGGAGCCAAGCCGGGCUGGUGUGGGGGGCCCUCCCCGGCCCUCCACCCUCCGUCCUCCACCAUGGAGCAGCUUCCUGGCCUCCGGGGGGGGCAAUGGGGAGGUGGUGAGCAGAAGCUGGAGGGGGCUUUUCCUCUGCUAGUCACGCACCUCAAGCUACAGACAGGGAAGCAGGUACCACCCGGUCACCCCUCCUCCAGCACAACGGGAGAGGGGUGAGUGGGGGCCCCCGAGGAGGUGUGACCCGCAGGUGGAAGGCAGCCACGCAGGGACCCAGGGCUUCCGCAUGGGGAGGACGCAGGUCCCUGCCCGGAGGGGGUAGAUCUGCGGGGGGAGGAUGGCGGAGAGGGCCGUGUUACCCCUCGCCCCUGGGGCGAAGGAAGCCAGGCCCCGGGGUGGUGGUGGGGGGGAAGCUCCAGCAGCUGUGGGAGAGGCGCUGCUCCCGGCCCCUGGCUCUGCCCCGAGCCCCGCUGUCGCUGGGCCACCACUUCUCUCCGGCAUCGCUCGGCAACCACUCCUCCCGUCUUGUGCCGCCUGUGCCCCUUCCCGUUCCCACAGCAGCCAGGCAGACAUAACAACAAAAAUACUAAAAGGCGCUUCGCUGCACUGAGCUGUGUCCUGCCCAGACGAGGGGCGUAAUGUGAACCCUGUGAGUGUGUGGUUACGGUGUCCGUGUGUACAUGCACAUGUGUGUGAGACAGAGCCGGAGGGGGGCUCCCGGGCGGGGGGGGGGGGCUGGGACGCCGCCAGGAGGGCUUCGGGCGGGCCGGGCUCCUAAUCAGGCUGUGGACCUCACCUGGGCUGUGGUUCCGCCCCCAUGUGUCCCAGGCCACCCUCAGUGCCCAUCGGUCAUGGAGAAAACAGUCCCAGGAUGUGUUUCGCUCAGUUGUCCAUCUCGCCUCUCCCUAAAACACAGAGCAUUCAAACCCUGCCUCAAUUUCCCUUCUCAGAGGCACGGAGCCAGUGCCACAGCUUUGCUAUGCACCCCUCAGGCCGCUCCCUGGCACCGACCCUGGGAGGACCGCUGUCACUUCUUUCCCCUACAGUCUGUCCCCUGCGCGGCGAGGGCUGGGGCUGAGACCUCGGUCUCCUUCCCAUUUCCACCCCUGCUUUUGAUUUUCUGUCUUCCUUCAUUGCCGUGGAGAUGAGGUUGCCCACACUCCCUGAGCCAGGGUGCCCCUCGGCCCCGCUCACCCGCUCCGGCACAUCCUCCCUGCCGCGUCCGGCAGGCUCGCCCACCCCCUCAGUUCAGGUCAUAGCCUCGUGAAUCUUCCAGCCGCUGGUUAGGGCCCUUGGGCACCGCAGGCACCCCCCACUUCAGCCAGGGCCCCCCCCCCACAGCAGCAAGGCAGCCUAGGGCCCCAGGCCUGUCGGCUCCCUGUCUCCCAGCACCUUUCCUCUUUGAGCUGAACCACUCUGUCCAUAUUACACAGAAGCCAUAUUUGUACGGGGGGCGGGGGGGAGGGGCCGUUGUGCUGUGUGUGUCUGUCUGUGGGUGGGGGGGAGGGGAGCAGGGAGGGGAUCGUGUAUCUUUAUAAUCUUUCUAACUCUCCUGUGCUAAUCUCAGAGGGGCCACCCUCAAUAUAUCUGGAUUAUCCGUGUCGUCCGGCUGCCUCCUUCUUGCUCCAGUUGGGACGUGUGCGUGUGAGGGUGGUCCUGCUGGUGUCCCCUGCAUCCGGCGCCUCUGGGGGUGGCCGUGUGCCUUGCCAUGCCCCCUCCCAAGGGCAUCCCUGUAUGGAGACCACAGAACUCUCCAAGGGAGAGAAGGGUGUUUAGCCCCCUUGGGGGUCCUGGCCGGUGCUUGCUUUCCAGAGUGUUUGGGGAGGGGUGCCUGACUGCUCCCCAUGGCGCAUCGCCAGGCGGUGCUGGAGAAGGUUAAAAUGAAGGCAGAGGCUCCACCAGCCCCACUGCAGGUCAGACCCUCCCCAGGGACCACUGUCUAACCCGCUCACGUUGAACCUGAAACUGGAGUUGGCAUCCUGGGAAGAAAGGGGGUGAAGAUCUGCGUAAGGCGCCCACCUUUUGUGUCUUGGCUUCCCUACUCUGGCUCCAUGCACCCCUACCUAAAUGCAAAAGAGCUUCUUGGUGAGAUUGGAGUUGAAACAUGCCAUGCUUUCUUGGAGUGAAAUAGUGUCACCUAACCAGCUCCUGAGACUCCAUGACUUACCCCUCCCAAAGUCCCGGCUGUUUCCCCACCCGAGAGAGUAAAAUACAGGGAAACGUCAGAGAUGGUGCAGAAGCCGGGUGGGAGCUGCUGCAGAAGAGCAGAGGUGUUGGCUCAGGGGCCUGCGUCUGCAGAGUCCAUGCUUUCGCUCGCCAGCCAGAGAGAAGUAGAGGACCCCACCCCAGUAAGGGACUGUGCAUGUUGCUGAGAUGCCAGCCAGUGCAGCCGUUCCAGAAACUUUAUGUCCCCCAACAGAAAUAUGAAUAGAGAUUACCCCAUAGGCAACCGUCCCAUUUUAAAACAUGUUGCCCCAUUGUCCCCCAGAGCCUGCUUUAACUCAUCAGGCCGGGUACUGUGCUGGGUAUGGAAAACGCAUUCAUUGCGCCCAUAGGUGGCUAGACGAACGCCCCAUCGCUCCCCGAAGUAGCUUCAUUAUGCAGCCUGGAAAGCUGCCCCCCAGCCCCUCCCGUCCUCGCACGGAAACACCCAGACACCUGCCUACCACCUAGCGCUCAGAUAUGUGCAUUCAACAUACAACACACAGCCACACACACAGACUGGGGUGCACACGGGCGGGGCGCUGGGGCCAUCAGCCACCCGCGGAUCAACCCCAGGCACCACUCACACCCCCUCCCACAAAUGUCGCCCUGGAGCCAGCUUUCCCUGGAUCCAGUUCAAGGGGGUGGAGACUCAGUGAGAGUCAUCAACUGCCCCUUCCCUCCGCCUUCCCAGCAGGUCUCUUAUCUCUGUCUCACAAGUCACCCCUGGCCCCUCUUCCUUCCUGGUGCUCGAAGACUCCGUCCUUGCUGGAAAACCCCCUGGCUUCUCAGCUCCGCUUUCCACCUUCGGGAAAAUACCCACUAUCUGCUGGCCGCCUUUUUCCUUUCCCGAGCGCAGGUCCCCACCGAUGGAAUCCAACCUCAAAACAGGAAGCCCCGGGCUAGUGCCCCUUCUGCUCCUGAGGCUUAGGCAGGCCAUGGGCGUGGGACGAAGUCUUCCUGAAUGCCCAGCUCCCCCCCGCCGCCUAUCCCAUGGCCCUGCCCAGAACUGAUGGCCUUCAUUAGCCCCUGGCACUUAUCUUGGAGCUGCAGCUGCCCAUAGGACGUUCCCAGCCCUUCUCUCUGCCUGCCCUGAGUCCAGCAGUGCCAUGGGGAACUGUCUGCAGUACCAGGUGGCGGAUGAGGACUCUACUAAGUUCCCCUUUGGAGACGAUAUUUGGGACGAGUUUAAUGAUUCCUAUGACCUGAACUAUAACUACAGCAAUGUGGACGCAGCUGCCCCCUGCCGCUCGUGCAGCCUGCUGGACGGCUCCUCGUUGCCCUUCUUCAUCCUCACCAGCGUCCUGGGCAUCCUUGCCGGUGGGGCGGUCCUCUUCGCGCUCCUCAGACCUCUCUCCCACUGGCAGGUGUGCCCCGAACGGCCUUUCCUGAUACAGCUGGCCGUGGGCAGCACCCUCUUCAGUACUGCGGUGCCCAUCCUGGCACCAGGGCUGAACGGUGUCCAGGGCACAGCGCUGUGCCAUCUGGCCCACAUGGUCUGGUAUGGCUCAGCCUUUGCCCAGGCUCUGCUGAUAGGCUGCCAUGCCUGCCUGGGCCCCAAAAUGAGCACAGGUCAGGUCCCCAACAUCAACCUGGGGCUCGGUGUGGGACUCUGGGGAAUGGCUAUCUUAUUGGGGCUGCCAGUCACCCUGGCCACUGACACUUCCCGUGGAUUCUGCUCCGUGACAUUCAGCAAGAGCCACUGGUUUCUGCAGCUGUCACACAUCAUGGCCUGUUUCACCAUCUUCACCUUGUUGCCGCUGGGUUUGCUGGGAGCCAAGGCGCUGAUGAAAAUACUGGGCAGGUGGCCGUGUCCCUGGGUCAACGUCCUGUGGGCCUGGUUUGUGUUCUGGUGGCCCUAUGGGGUGGUUGUGGGCCUGGACUUUCUCGUGAGGUCCAAGACCUUGGUCCUGUCGACAUGUCUGGCCCAGCAGGCCCUGGACUUGCUACAGCACCUGGCAGAGGCCAUGGCCAUUCUGCACUGCGUGGCCACACCCCUGCUCCUAGCCCUGUCCUACCACCAGACGGCGCGCACCUCCCGGUCCUCCCUGCCCCUCCCGCUCAGACAGCCUUCUCAUCUGGACACCGAGGGAGCAAAGUCUUAGCUCUUUUCCCACCUGUCCACCUGAAUUAAAGUCUGCACUGCUUUUAUGAA